AUGGAUGCUCUAAUACUAGACGAAAAAAUAAGGAUGUACGCGCUCAUCCCAAUUUUUAUAAUUGUUGUUUUGGUUUGCAUAAUUAAAAGUAACUUAGGUCAAAUGGUUCGACCUACCAUCAAGGUGGAUACUGAAAAAUUAAGGCAAAAUAAUUUCCUAGCAAGGUACACAUACCUGAAAGUGAAUCAUGGAUUUAUUUCCCCAGUUGCAUUUUUAAGUCGAAAAUAUUUUUUUAACAAACCACAAGGUGGCUUCUUUAAUGAUUUGCCAGAACAACUUAAUCCAUUCGAUGCAUUGUUAAAACAAGACCCCUCAGACUUGUUUGGAAUGAUGAAAAAUCAAAUUCCCUUUCUGGUGCUACAGUUAGGGCUAGGGUUUUUAAUAAACCUCUUUUUUUCUGGAUAUCUAGUGGCUAAAAUACCUUUUCCCCUAACUUACAAAUUCAAAUCUACUUUGCAAAUGGGUAUGGAUAUAGAAUUACUGGACAUGAAAUUUGUAUCUUCCUUGUCAUGGUACUUCCUUGUCAUGUUUGGGUCAAGUGGUUUAAUAAGCAUCAUUGACUAUUUUGUUCUUCAUGACAAGGAUAGAUCGCAAAAUAAUCCAAUGGACAAUUUGAUGGCAACCCAAAAUCCUUUAGCGAAACAACCAGCAAAUAUGAAUAAUAUACCGGACAUGAAAAAGUUUUACGACAAAAAGAAAGCAGAGCUGGAGAAUGUGAGGUAUAAAUUUUGGCUGGAGAAUAUCGAAUACAAUCUUAUAGAAAACUGGAAAUAA